GAGUGAGCGACUUUCAAAAAGGUUACUAUGAGUUUACAUUUUUCAUUUCAUUAUUUUGUGUAUGUCUAACGUCAUCCUCGCGUGACUUAUAAUUCCCAUCAGAGACCCUCUAUAUAAGAUUGACAAUUCGAUAGGUACAGAAGUGGUUGUUUAUUGAGAAAAAUGUCUUCAGUUUCUGAAACUGACAAAAAUGAGCCCAAACAGGAAGCUGAAAAAAUGGUGUUUGAAACACCAGAUGAACCAAACAACCAGGAAACUACAGAAGAGAGUUUUAGUGCUGACAAAAAGGCUAAAUAUCAAGAACUCUGCAAUAUUGAAAAAGAAUUAGAUGCUGAAAUUGAAAAAAUGAAAGCUCAGUUGGAAGCUGGUCCUUCGAUGAAAGAGACAAUGAAUCUGUUACAUGAAUACAAUGAAAUCAAAGAUGCCGCUCAGAAAGUUUUGGGCGCUAUUGCUAAUAUGCAGGGCGUCACAAUAGCCAGUCUUCACAAGGAAUACAACUUGCCAAUCGACGAACAUUGAUCAUCAAUCAUUAUUCAUACAUUUGUUGUCUCAAUAUUCUGUUCAUUUAUUGAAUAAAUUAUAUUUAUUAAAUGUUUUGUUUCUUCA